AUGAUGGAGGACCAGCCGCCCCUCACAUCACCGGGUUCAUUGUGGCGUUGGAAUUUGAUGGAUAGUCAGAGCUCCAUGAGAUCUGAUGAAGAAGGGCAUCUCCCAAACCAAGACAAUGGAAGUUCCGUCAGAUCUGUUGAAGAAGAGAACCUCCCAAACCAGGACAGUUCCAUUUCAACAGCCAAUAACAGUCUUCAUUAUCCAAAGGAUCAAGAUGAACCUCAAGUGUGUGACGUCAACUGUCAACAGGCAAAACCAUCCUUGGCCUGUCCACUUUGCGGUAAGACAUUUACCAAGAAGUCAAAAUUCUCCAAACACGUCAAGUACCACACCGUCAAGAGGCCUCACUCUUGCCCUGAAUGUGACAAGAGCUUCAUCCGGUCUUCUGAUCUGUCCAAGCACACCAUCGUUCACACCGGCGAGAAGCCGUUCGCCUGCAAUGAGUGUGGCAGACGUUUUGUCAGCAAGGCCUACCUCACCAUCCACACCCGAAUCCAUACGGGCGAGAAGCCGUAUUCGUGCUCCGAGUGCAAGAAGCGUUUUGUCAGCAUCUCGGCGCUCAUUGUCCACCAAAAGAUUCAUACGGGAGAAAGACCCCACAUCUGCUCGGAGUGCGGGAAGGGCUUCAUUCGGAAGUCUGACCUGGUCCAGCACCAAAGGGUUCACACUGGAGAGAAGCCCUAUUCUUGCGAUGAGUGUGGCAAACGUUUUUUCAGCAAGCCUCAUCUCGUUGUCCACCAAAGAGUCCACACAGGAGAGCGCCCGUUUUCCUGCGUUGACUGUGGUAAGUGCUUCAGUAGCAAAACGCACCUGGUGGUCCACCGUCGGAUUCACACCGGUGACAGGCCUUACCCAUGUACGGAGUGCGGAAAGUGUUUCAUCCGGAAGGCAGUCUUGGUCCUGCACCAGAGGACCCAUGCUGGGGAGAAGCCAUAUUCUUGUGCUGAGUGCGGGCGCCAUUUUGCUUACAAGAACUACCUGAGCAGCCACCGCAAGAUCCACCUUGGCAUGAAGCCCUUCCCUUGCCCCGAAUGCGGCAAAUGCUUUAUCAGCAACUCUGAAUUGGUGAAACACCAGAGGACUCAUACAGGGGAACGACCCCAUUUUUGUGCAGAGUGCGGCAAAUGCUUCACUAAGAAGUCCCACCUCAACCGCCACUUGAGGAUCCACUCCGGUGACAAGCCUUACUCCUGCAACUGGUGCAGCAAGUGUUUUAUUGUCAACUCUGACCUGGUCAAGCACCAGCUGACCCACACUCGAGAUAAGACCUGUUCCUGCCCAGAAUGUGGCAAGAGCUUCCUUAACAACUCCCACCUUGUUCUCCACAGACGAGUCCACCACGGUGCUGAGCAGUACCCAUGUCCUGAGUGUGGAAAGUGCUUUCCUACUCCCGCCCUCCUUCUGAACCACCAGAGGUCCCACACUGAGGAGAAACCAUUUAUCUGCAGUGAGUGUGGGAAGAGCUUUGUCCGGAAUAUGGAUCUAGUGAAACACCUGAGGAGUCACACGGGUGAGAAGCCUUAUUCUUGCACAGAGUGUGGACGCAGCUUUGCUGAGAAGUCUUACCUUCACAUACACCAGAGGACUCAUACUGGCGAACGGCCUUACCCCUGCCCGUUGUGUGGCAAAUGUUUCAUCAGCAACUCCGACCUAGCCAAGCAUGUGAGGAUUCAUACAGGCGAGCGGCCCCAUGGCUGCACUCGGUGCGGAAAACGCUUUAUAAAAAAGUCACAUCUCACCCGACACGAGACCAUCCAUGUGGAUGUACAGAUUGACUUUCCACUUUGAAUCAGGAAGUCUCAGUGUUCAGGUGAAAACUAAAUGGGGUCCCCCAAAAAAACAGUUGUAGAAGACUGAAUGGGGUCCAACAAACUCCAAUGGCUAUAGAGAAGCAAAUGGGGUCCAUCAAUAUCAAUCAGCUUAGAAGAGAAAAUGGAGUCCAUCAAAACCCAGCUACUCCAACACAUUAAACAGGCCCACCAAAACUAAAUAGCUAUAUGGGACUAGAUGUGGUCUGCUAAAACUCAACAGCCUGGUGAACACUAUUCGGGGUCUCCCAAAAACCAACAGUAAUAGAAGACUGAAUGGGCUCCACCAAAAUCCAUCAGCUUAAAGGAGAAAAUAGGGUCCAUCAAAACCCAGCUGCUCCAACAGAUUAAGCAAGGACCACCAAAACUAAAUAGGGGACUAAAUGUGGUCCACCAAAACCCAGAAACUUGGUGAACACUGAUUGGGGUCCCCCCAAAACCCAACAGCUAUAGAGGAAUGAAUAGAGUUCAGCAAAACCCAAAAGUUACAGAAAACUAAAUAGGGUCCACCUAAAUUCCAACAGUUUAGAGGAGAAAAUAGUCUAUCAAAACCUAAAUUCUCUAAAAUUAAACAACACCCACCAAAACUCAAUAGUUAUAAGGGACUAAAUGUGGUCUGUCAAAACCCGAAAGCCCGGGGAACACCGAUUGGGGUCCCUGAAAACUAAACAGGUAUAGAGAACUAAAUAGGAUGCACCAAAACCCAACAGGUAUAGAAGACUGAAUGGGUUUCCACCAAAAUCUAACAGCUAUAGUCAUACUUAAUGGGGUUCAACAAAAUUCAGUAGCUAUAGGGGAUUAAAUAAGAUCCAUCAAACAGGUCCACCAAAACUCAAUAGCUAUAGGGUCUAAAUGUGAUCCACUAAAAUCCAACAGCUAUUGCGUACUAAAUAGGGACUAGUUGUAGAAGACUGAAUGGGGUCCAAUAAACUCCAACGGCUAUAGAGAAGCAAAUGGGGUCCACCAAAAUCAAUUAGCGUAGAAGAGAAAAUGGGGUCCAUCAAAACCCUGUUGCUCCAACACAUUAAACAGGGCCCACCAAAACGAAAUGGCUAUAUGGGACUAGAUGUUGUCUGCUAAAACCCAACAGCCUGGUGAACACUAAUCAGGGUCUCCCAAAGCCCAACAGUAGUAGAAGAAUGAAUGGGGUCCAUCAAAAUCCAACAGCUAUAAAGAAGCAAAUGGGGUCCACCAAAAUCCAUCAGCUUAAAGGAGCAAAUAGGGUCCAUCAAAACCCAGCUGCUCCAACAGAUUAAGCAAGGACCACCAAAACUAAAUAGGGGACUAAAUGUGUACCACCAAAACCCAGAAACUUGGUGAACACUGGGGUCCCCCAAAAACCCAACAGCUAUAGAGGAAUAAAUAGGGUUCACCAAAACCCAACAGUUACAGAAGACUGAAUAGGGUCCACCAAAUUCCAACAGCUUAGAGGAGCAAAGAGAGUUCAUCAAGUCCCGAAUUCUCUAAACAUUAAACAACGCCCACCAAAACUCAAUAGCUAUAAGGGACUAAAAGUGGUCUAUCAAAACCCAGGAGCCUGGGGAAGACUGAUUGGGGUUUCCCGAAAACUCAACAGGUAUGGAGGACUUAAUAGGAUGCACCAAAACCCAACAGUUAUAGAAGACUGAAUGGGGUCCAUCAAAAUCCAACAGCUAUAAAGAAGCAAAUGGGGUCCACCAAAAUCCAUCAGCUUAAAGGAGCAAAUAGGGUCCAUCAAAACCCAGCUGCUCCAACACAUUAAACAGGGCCCACCAAAACCAAAUAGCUAUAUGGGACUAGAUGUGGUCUACUAAGGCCCAACAGCCUGGUGAACACUAAUCGGGGUCUCCCAAAACCCAACAGUAAUAGAAGAUUGAAUGGGGUCCAUCAAAAUCCAACAGCUAUAAAGAAGCAAAUGGGUCCAUCAAAACCCAGAUGCUCCAACAAGGCCCACUAAAACUAAAUAGCUAUAGGGGACUAAAUGAGGUCAACCAAAACCCAGAAACUUGGUGAACUCUGAUUGGGGUUCCCAAAAACCCAACAGCUAUAGAGGAAUAAAUAGGGUUCACCAAAACCCAACAGUUACAGAAGACUGAAUAGGGUCCACCAAAUUCCAACAGCUUAGAGGAGCAAAGAGAGUUCAUUAAGUCCCGAAUUCUCUAAAAAUUAAACAACGCCCACCAAAACUCAAUAGCUAUAAGGAACUAAAUGUGGUCUAUCAAAACCCAGGAGCCUGGGGAAGACUGAUUGGGGUUUCCCAAAAACUCAACAGGUAUAGAGAACUAAAUAGGAUGCACCAAAACCCAACAGUUCUAGAAGAUUGAAUGGGUUUCCACCAAAAUCUAACAGCUAUAGACAUACUAAAUUAGGUUCAACAAAGUUCAGUAGCUAUAGGGGAUUAAAUGGGAUCCAUCAAACAGGUCCACCAAAACUCAAUAGCUAUAGGGUCUAAAUGUGAUCCACUAAAAUCCAACAGCUAUUGCGUACUAAAUAGGGACUAGUUGUAGAAGACUGAAUGGGGUCCAACAAACACCAACGGCUAUAGAGAAGCAAAUGGGGUCCACCAAAAUCAAUCAGCGUAGAAGAGAAAAUGGGGUCCAUCAAAACCCUGUUGCUCCAACACAUUAAACAGGGCCCACCAAAACGAAAUGGCUAUAUGGGACUAGAUGUUGUCUGCUAAAACCCAACAGCCUGGUGAACACUAAUCGGGGUCUCCCAAAACCCAACAGUAGUAGAAGACUGAAUGGGGUCUAUCAAAAUCCAACAGCUAUAAAGAAGCAAAUGGGGUCCACCAAAAUGCAUCAGCUUAAAGGAGCAAAUAGGGUCCAUCAAAACCCAGUUGCUUCAACAGAUUAAACAAGGGCCAUUAAAACUAAAUGGCUAUAGGGGACUAAAUGUGUACCACCAAAACCCAGAAAAUUGGUGAACACUGGGGUCCCCCAAAGCCCAACAGUAGUAGAAGACUGAAUGGGGUCCAUCAAAAUCCAACAGCUAUAAAGAAUUAAAUGGGGUCCACAACAGCUAUUGCGUACUAAAUAUGGUCUACUAAAAUCUAGUUGCCGUAGAGCAACCAAAGAAUGAAGAAAAUUGAAGUGUAUAGAAUUUUUUUUUUUUUUUUUUAAGUCCUCCUGACGCCGUAAUUCCUAGAUUGCUUUACAAUUUUGCAUGGAGCCCAUGUUUCAUAGCUAUACCCCUGAUUACCUGAGUUCCCACUUAGCAUAUAAACGUAUGGCUCACACUUUAGUCUGAGACCUAUGAAGGUCCAAACCUGCCAGGGUCUAAUUUUUUGUAUUUUUUUUGCAAUUAAAAAAUCUUUCAGCCUU